GUGCUUUAACACCACUUCAUAAAUCUGCUAUUUAUAGUCGAAAAGAAGCUAUUGUAACUCUUCUUGAACUUGGUGCAUCUCCAAAUGUAUAUGAUGAAAAAACUUUAACACCACUUUAUCAUUCAAUUUUAAAUAAACAAAUUGAAUCAAAUGUUGAUUCAUCAUAUUGUUGUUUAUUAUUAUUACAAGAUCAUUCAAUAGUUGAUUGUCAUGAUGAUUCUUUAUCUACUGAAUUACAUCAAGCAUGUCGUCUUGGACUUGUUCAACAUGUUGAACAUUUACUUUUUUAUCGAGCUGAUAUGAAUGCAAUGAAUAUUGGUGGAAAUACUCCUUUACAUAUUUGUGCAGCAACUAAUCAAGAAGCUUGUGCUCGUGUACUUCUUUUUCGUGGUGCUGAUACAAAUAUUGUAAAUAAAUCAAAUCAAACACCAUAUGAACUUGCAUUA